GUUCGUUGACGCAGCGGAACUGGCAGUGGUAGCUGGAGGACCUGCACUCAUCGACGUCUGACAAGGCGGGUCGGGGGAUUAAUGCCGCAAAUUCUGGAACUUUCCACAAGAAAAAAAGUAAACUGAAGGAACCGCCAUUAGAGGACGUCCGUGAAACGGGAAGUAAGAAGGAACGGUUGUUCCCUCCCACCUGGAAGCCUGGCUCGCACUGACAGGAGAAGGAUCCGGGGACGUUGACGCAGCGGUGCUGGCAGUACCUGAACCUGCACUCGUCUAUGUCUGGAGGAUCUGAGCCAAGAAGUAAACUACACAGCCACGUUAUCUUGGCUCCAGUGAGCAGCCAAGUGCAGCAGGAGGAGCGGAGCAGACAGCAGGGCAGUCGGGCAGCUGUGACGUUUUAUGGCCUGGACCAGACAGCUGGGAUAGAGCGCUGCAGCUUCACGCGCAGCUCAGCAGGCUCGUUAAACUGGUGGAGGCAGACAUUGUUGUGAUAGCAGGUCAGCUCCGGAGGAUGAAGCGCCUGUAAUGAACAGAAGACACCGCCGCUCCGUCCACGGAAAUCUGCCUCCAUUCAACCGAAGCAUAGCAGAGCCUGACGACGCGAUGCCGCUGACCUGAAAACCCACAACAUCUGCGAGGUUUUGCAUCCGUGGGUAGCGGGGUAUAAUCUCGGCGGACCCAAUCGGAGAUAAGCACCUCCACAGGGCGGAUGUUUUCUCGAGAAAACGGGCUGUUGAGCUCCGAGAGGCCUUUGGAAAACACAGCCUGCUGCUGAGAUGAUGAUGAUGAUGAUGAUGGACUGACAUUAAUCGGAGCUUGAGGUGCAUCCUCACACCCGACCUCAUUAAGGCCUUGAAGAAAGCAGUCUAAAUAAAGAAAUCACAUGACACAAGAAGCGGAUGAUGUGAAAACUCUCAGCUGAGCAUCAAAUACAGCAACAUUUGUGGGGGGGUUGAAUAAUUUCUCAGGGACUCCAUAGGUUUUCUCGCUCACAAUGGGCAGUGAAGGUGAGAUCAUAACCAGAGAGCUGUCAAAGGUCUCUGAUGAGGAUUUGCUGGCCUGCUCCAAAGAGGAGCUGGUGAGCCGGUUGCGUAAGGAGGAGUCGGAAAAGAUCUCCGCUCUGAUCCAGCGCGGCAGGCUCAUCAAGGAGGUCAACAAGCAGCUGCAGGGCCACCUCCUGGAAAUCAGGGAACUAAAAGUCAUCAACCAGCGCCUGCAGGAGGAGAACACCGAGCUGCGGGACCUCUGCUGCUUCCUGGACGACGACAGGCUCAAGGUGAAGAAGCUGGCAAGGGAGUGGCAGCUGUUUGGCCACCACGCCGCCAAGGUGAUGCGGGAGGACCUGGGCGGCUACCUGAAGAAGCUCGCCGACCUGGAGCGCAUGCAGGACGGACUGGUGAAGGAGAACCUGGACCUGAAGGAGCUGUGCCUGGUGCUGGAGGAGGAGUGUGUGAGCAGGAGCGACUCCAGCCCGGGCGGCUCCACGGAGCUCAACCUACCCUGCAUGGUGGCCCGGGACUUGGGAGACGGAAGCUCCAGCACGGGCAGCGUGGGAAGUCCAGACCAGCUCCACCUGGUGUGCUCACCUGACGACUGACGGCCGCCGGAGGGGCUUUGGACUCCACGGACUAAAUUGGAGGCAUUAAAGGAUAGAUACUCCAGGAUCAAAAAAAGAAAAAUGUUAAAAGGUUAUUAGAUGCUAAUAUCUUUGCAUAUUAAAUAUUUAAUAUGCAAAUGUGCGCAAAACUUUCC